AAACAAAAAUGAACAUUAAGUUCAUUUUUGUAUUAUGCCUAACUUAUUACUUACCAAUGGUAAAUUUGCUGAAUUCGGUAAAUUAUAUCAACAUAACGGAAAUAGAAAUGUUAUGGGACUCGAUAAAUGACGGUUUUGACGAUUAUAUUUUCUACAGUGACUUUUUAAGAAAUGGUACGGACGAAGAAAUGAGUGAUCUCGUGGAAGUUUUAAAAAAAUACGGAUCCCCGUUGAAGGCCAGUAAAGGUGAAGUUCAAUACAAAAUGAACUUCAAUGACUUUAAGACUGCCGUAUAUGAGGGUCAUAUAGCAAGAUGGCAUAAUAAGGCGAUGCUUGCUGAAUUUAAAGAAAUGAUCCCAGACAAUGUGAACAGAGAUUAUGUUAUCACCGAAGAUAUGAAUAAACAUUAUGGAUUCAUAAUGUCUGCAUCUAAAAUCAAUGCAAUUAUAAAAAAAUACGGAAAACUGCAUGACGGAGAACACCGAUUAGAAUUCUCUGACUUUAAAAUAGCAUUAAACAGAAGUCUUCUGCCAGAACUGCCGAGUGAUAAAAUUGCGGCGAUGUACACAGCAUUUAAAGCGUUAAGCUCACCAAAUGAUUUUAUCAUCCAUAACGACUUAGUUAGGGUAUACGGAGGAAGAAUUCCUGAAGCCACACUCAAAAAUAUUGUAAAUAAAUACGGAAGAGUGUAUUGUGUUGUGCUUGAAAAAAAUCAGGGCAACGAUAAAUGUGCUUUAAAACAACAACGAUUAUACUUCGAAGACUAUAAAAAUGCCUUGAACAGUGGUGGGCUUGCAGUGUUGAAUGAUGAAAACAAAAAACAGAUGAGCUAUCCAAUGGUGAAUCCCAUAGGUCUAGAGGAGUUAGAACUUCUGUGGGAAGCGUUAAGUCUUAACAAUGACUAUUUCACCUACUAUGACUUGAUUGCGACUUAUGGAGACGACAACCCAGCAGAACUUAUGGCCGUAAUGGAACAAUACGGAUUGAUAUAUGAAAACAAUAAAGGUGAAGGUGAAUACAGAAUGUAUUUUGAAGAUUUUUUAAGGGCCAUAAAUAAUGGCCACAUACAUAGAUGGUCUUAUGAGGUGAUGAAUAGGAUAUUUACAGGAAUAAUCCCAAAACAUAAACACAGAAGAUAUAUUAUCAAUUACGACAUGGUUAAACAUUAUGGAAAUAAUAAACCACAUUAUCUCGAAGAAAUCAUCAGAAAUUAUCAAGAAAUGAAUAAUGGACAAUACCAGUUACCAUUCAAUAGUUAUAGAAAAGCUAUGGACAUUGGUCAUUUUCCUAAACCUAAAUAUUAUCACACAAUUGGAGAGCUGUACGGCGUAUUUAGGGAUAUGAUCCCAGGACAAGAUAUCACAAUAUGUAAUCUUGGCUCUAGCGACUUGAUAAAAUACUAUGGAACAAGAAUUCCUGCAACCAAAAUCGAAACCGUUGUACAACAAUUUGGCAAAUGGGACGUCGAUCAACAUAAAUUAUCAUUCUCCGACAUAAGAAGAGCCUGGGACAGUGGCGAAUUACCACGACCAUUGACUGGUGAAAAUGAGAUUUGGGAGGAAAUAGAAACACUAUUCAUCGCUAUAAGUGGCAAUGAUGGUUAUAUUAACUACUAUGAUUUCUCAAGAAAUUAUGAAGAAGAAGACAUGAAUGAUCUCAAGAGCGUAUUAGAAACUUACGGUUUCCCAGAUGAAAAUAGUGAAGGUGGAGAUGAGUUAAGAAUGGAUCUAGACGAUUUUAGAAAAGCCGCGUCUGAAGGACGCAUACCAAGAUGGCAUAGACUGGAGAUAAAUACUGUGUUUGCGGAAAUAGCCAUGGACGAAAAUAAAAAAUAUGUUACCUACAGCGACAUGGCUAAAUACUACGGAACAAGUAUUCCGGCAAUUAUACUAGUAAAUAUUAUAAAAUCGUACGGAAACUUGGAUGAUGGAGAAUACCGAUUAGAUAUCUUAAACCUUACAACACUCUUAAACAUAGGAUAUCUGCCAGAACUACUGAGUGAUAAAAUUGCGACGAUUUAUGAAAUGUUUGAAGACAUGAUCCCUGAAGAAGAGGAAAGAGUCUUUGUUACCAAAGAUGACUUGACUAAAUGUUACGGAACAAAACUUUCUGAAACUCAAAUCGAAAAUAUUAUGAAACCCUACGAAAAACCGAAUUAUGGAGAAAAACGAAUGUACUUUUGUGACUUUAAAAAAGCUUUGAUUGAAGGUGAACUUCCAAAGCCGUCGUUUGUUGAACGUGGAAUUUUAGCCUGACUCUGAUACGAAGUUGAAUAGAAAAACCAUUUACUGAUGUUCAUUAUUGUUAAAUAAUUAUGUUAAAAAUAAUUAAUCAUUUAGUCGCUAUAGUAGUAUAAAAUAAUAUAUUAA